CAUUGGCAGCCAAGCAAGCGGCUUACGGUGGGAAAUAGUGGCGUGAGGUCUGGAGAAAAAUUAAUCGGCCCAGGCUUAUCUCUUCCCCCAGGUACUACCUACCCCCUAUCUGCGUCUACUUUUGAGAUUUUUUGCUUCCAUGAUAAGGAAGAAAGGGACCAGCACCCCUCUACUAAACUGUGUAACUCGCUCGAACUAACGGGGCGAUCUAGGCAGGUUUCAUUUAAUUUUAUUGCACCUUAUUUCUCAAUGCAGAGCAGCAUGGCGACGCACGUGAGUGAGGAUCAAGUUGUGCAAUUCUCCCUGCAUGAAGUUCAAUCUGUGCAAGUUCGACGCUCCCAUACCCUCCUUGGCUGCAUCUUCAUGACGGCAAAGCUCUCGCCUGCUGAAAUUCGAGAUUGGGUGAACUCCCCAUGGCAAUGCAAAGGGAGGAUCAAAGUGCUGCAAGCCAAGCAUGGCUUAUUUGAAUUCGUCCUCCCUAACGAGGAGUCCAAAAUAUGGGUCUUGAAAAGAACUCCUUGGUUGGUGAAUGAUAAGAUCAUCCAUCUUAGAUCUUGGACACCAUCGGUAACGAAGCAGACGUAUGAGGAGCUUGUGAUGGCCCCAUUCCGGGUGCAACUCUGGGAUGUGAAGGAUGACUGCUACACCGCCAAAUUUGGUAUGAAGGUGGCUGGACCCACAAUCGGCCAAGUGUUGGAAGCAGGAGUGUAUUCAUGUCUUGACACCGGGAGAUUUUCAUCAAGGUGAAGGCACCAAUCGAUUUCUCUCGACCCCUGCGAUCGCAAUUGAUGGCUGCUAGCGAGGAAAUGGGGGGGGGGGCUUUUGGGUUAUAUUGAAGUAUGAACAACUCCUAUCUUUUUGCUUUCAUUGUGGGAGGGUGGACAUUUCCAGAGAGAAUAUGCAUUUGAUCCCGAACUCGUAAGGAGCGGUUUGGUCCGCAUAUGAUGACAAAGAAGUUGGGGACAAGGGUCUAUAAUGAGGAUGAUAUCACUAUCCCAUUCCAGGGAAAGGCUAAAUCUGUUUGGGUGAACAAUGCCAUUAAAGACCCUCGUCACUA